AAUUCCUUUCUGCCGACAUUGCAUGUGAACGCAUCAUUUGCGCCUUCGUCACUUCCUGAAUCCGAUUUUCCUGUUAAAGAUGGCGGCGACCUUGUGUGUAAAAUUACUACCGAAACAGGGAUGGCUUCCCCUGACUCAGAGUGUUCGGCAUGGCUCCAAGGCUGUGACCCGCCACCGGAGACCGAUGCACAUCCUGAAACAGAAGCUCAUGGCUGUUACACAGUAUAUUCCUCCUGCACGGGUUGCUCCUCCAGGCGCAUAUCCACCCCAAACUAAAAAAGUCCAGGAGGAUAACGCUUUGACGUUAAUCAUGAAAAGGGAUUUGAAGAACAUGUUCCAGGACUGUAAGAUGGUCGCUGUGGUCCAGGACAAUGCCAGCAAUGCUGAAGACAUGAUGGUUCUCAAGCAUAGACUUCAUAAACAUGGCAUCACUGUCAAGUUCUUCCCCAACCAGGUGAUGCGGUCGUUCCUGAAUGACAGUGUUUACUGCAACAUGGCUCCUCUGUUCAUCGGUCCUACAGUUCUGUUUGUUAGUAAGGAACCAAAGGCGAAGGAGUUGUUGACGACUCUGAAGGCCAGCUCACAGAUGACACUCAUGGGAGCCUGUAUAGACAACACGUUGCUGAGUGCGCAGGGGGUGUUGAGCUACUCUAAACUGCCGUCAGUGACUGUUGUCCAGGGUGAGCUGGUUAGCGGGCUGAGGAUGCUGACUUCCUGUACAGCCUCCAUGCUUCAGCGCCACCCGGCCCACCUUUCUGCCCUGCUCCAGCAGUACGUCAAACAGCAGAGCUCGGCCGACAGCACAGAGGGAGCUCCUAAAGCAGAGGAGGCCACGUAGAGUUUGAGACGAACUUAUUGGGACUGAUUCCUUGCUGAUUUCAAGCUGCUUGGAAUAAUGAGGGACUGUUGGGUCGGAUGCUUUAGAAUUUAUUUUAAUUUAGUACCAAAGUCUGCUAAAAAGAAGUUGUUUGUUAAUCUCUCAAUCUUAAAGUGGAGCAGUUCAGUGGGCACUAGAUUCCACUAAAUCUUAUAAUGCAUCCACCCACAUGAGCACUUUGGCUUCUGUGAAUAAGGAGUCUGUGGACUUGACUGUUUUCAGUACAACUCAACCUCUUGAUGGAAGUCUUGGAUGGAUAGUGCUGCCCAAGCAGUUCCUUUAUUUAAGGAUAAGGUCGCAUGUAAAUAAACUAUGUUAACACAG